AAUUUCACGUUCUAUGAUAUUUUCUUUGACUUUAUUGCACUGAAUGUGAUUGCGGACACUGAGAAUGUACCAGCAGCUGUAAAGCAGCCAUUGCAAAACCGUUGGAUUUCUGUAUCGAUGAAGAAAACUACUGUUAUGUUUUACACCUGGUCACGGAUAAAGACCAAGAGGGCAUACAUGGUGGAGCCCAAGGGUUUCUUCUACCAUUUAUAUGAAGUUUAUGAUUACACACACCCUGAGAUUAUGUGGGCAGCUUUUGGACCAGAAAGCAAAACAAAGGAUUUUUUUUAUAUACUGAAGGGACAAAUCAUUUAUUUUAUGAAGGACAUGUUCAGCUUUAAGAGCCACCAGUUUGAUACCCCAGAUUUGCUGGCUAAGGAAAUCUUUGAAAAUCUGGAACAGCGAGUGGAGCUUCUGAGUUCCUACCUAGACGAAGAGCGCAAGACAUAAAUUACCAACUCUUCAUUUUUUAAAGAGACAUUAAAGUCGCUUAUCAGUGAAAAGGACAAAGAAAUAUCUAUAAAAUAUAAAACAGCACUAUAAAACUAUUUGUGGUAACACUCUUACCCUAGAUGAUAAUGGCUUUACUAAUUUAGCAGCCUAAAUGUGAAUGUUAUUUUAUAGUCAACACAGAUUUCGAAAGAGUGGAUUUUUAAAUGUUAAUGAAUUCUAUUUAUGUACGCCACUAAUCAACCAUGCUAAAUAUAAUUUGGACCUUGUAUUCCACAAACCUGCCCAAAUGCAUUUUAGUUUCCAAAAAUCUACAUUCCGAUACUUUGAUAUAGGGUCUCCAAAUGAUCUGUUUCAUAUCUUCCAUCCAAAUGAUCUGUUUUAACACACCUGCUUCCUAAGCAUUGCUGUUUUGAAUCUCUCCUGAUACUGGGAUCGGAUCCAAACACCUGUUGCUCUCAUUUGUAUUUCAAGUUUGGUUGUUUUGUCACCAGAUGGCAAUUGUAAUACCAAGUCAUGAAAUGUUGUAUGUAGGCAUUCUUUGGUUAACAAAUAAAAAU